AUGUUCCCCGACCGCCAGAAAGCUGGGUUGUGUGCUGAUUGUCCAAGUUCGUGUUUUGGCGGGGAAUGUGACCCUGUCAACGGGUCCUUACAAAACAUCAGUAAAAGUGACAAGUGGGGCGCAAAAACUUAUCUACUGGUUGCUGGGGUACCUAUAGCCUCUGUCAUAUUGGGCAUUGUUACGCCAUUGGUUUUCAGCUAUAUAAAGAAAAAGAGGAAACAGUAUAUCCCUUCACUGUACAGAACAAGACGUUCUACAGACGUUAGUAAUGUUGGUGAAAUAAAUAGUGACGCUAAUGCAGACAUCAUUGAAGAUGAAACAUGCCGAUACACGUGUUUAGAAAACAGCGAUACAACGAAAGAUAUAACCCCAGUUUCAGUGUACAUGACGGUACCUCUUGUGGAAGGCAUUUCUUGCAAUGCCACUUUUGACGACUCAAUGACAACUUAUGAAAGAUUGAGCGAGAAUGAAGUACAAGAUGAUUUAAAUCGUUCUCAGAUUUCAACUAUGAACGGGGAAUAUUUGACCGUAGUACACGAGUGGCCAUCCGAACCUAACACACAUCAUAUAAGGGGUACUCAGGGUCUAUUCUGCAAUAACAAGGCAAAGCAAGUCUAAAUCGUCAGCCAGAGGUCAUGGGUAAUGCUUGUGGUAGUUAUUUUCUAACUACCCUGAAGAAUGCACUGCUUCAAGACUAUAUCUUCCUUGUGAUGGGCAGCAGUUCAGCAAUUAUUCAUAUUUGUCUAUCUUCUUUGACACCAUCCUGCUGACUUCCCUCAGGACCCACCAAAAAUUCGAGUUACCACCAGAUGUACUCAGUGAACGAAAUUUGAACACCAAAAUUAAUGAGGAAAGGGAAUAUAUUCCGUACAUUUAUGAAACAUUUAUUCUUAAACUUAAAUCGUUUAUUGAAUUGUGUAUUAUUUGUGCCUUGGUUUGUAUGAUAUUCUUGUUGUAGAUAGCUUUAAUUGUAUAUAUUGACAUCUGCAGCUCCAAGUAUUAUCAGUUAAGGUGAUUACAUGCUUUAGUUUCGCGUUAAAAGUAAGCCAAGGUCCUUCAAGGGGCUUCCUGUAAGCUUUGUGACGGAAAGUUCCUACCCUUAAGCUGGAAGUGUCACCUUUGUUAUCAUACAUCAAUACCGGAAAUGAGAUUUGUAUUGUAAAUUAUUAUUAUUUUCACUUCCGGAAUGUUUAGAAUGUCAUACAAAGAUCGAUAAUUCCUUAUAAGGCUUACCCCUUACUUAUAAAAUUAUACUUGUUUUUGAGACAGUCCAUGUGUAACAUAAGUUUUUCAACUAAGACUUCAUAUUACAAUCUGUCUUUGAAACAAUAGCAAUAGAGUCUCUGUAAAUAAACCAGUGUGGUAAUUUACUUUUUAAAUGCAUGAUA